GCAACAAGAGAUCCCUCAUAAAUGAGCGUGUCAUGCUGAUUGGGUUCCUCUUAUGCAUGGGGGUCAUCCCAUGCUACCUCUGCCUGGACGGUAGAGGUGGCUCCAAGGUGGGGGGCAGCUGCAUACAGAACGAAAGGAAAGCUCUCCUUGCCAUCGGAGCAGAUAUCUAUGAUCCUGGUGAGUGGCUUUCUUCUUGGACGGGCCAAGACUGUUGCCAAUGGAGGGGUGUCGGUUGUGACAACACCAGCGGCCAUGUGGUAAAGCUUGAUCUCAAAUAUCCUUAUGGUUUUCAUGUUGUCCAAUAGCUCUACAUGCUGAUGACCUUCAAUGGCUCUCUCAAAUCUCCUCUCUGCGCUACCUUGACUUGAGUGCUGUCGACCUCUCCAAGGCAUCAAAUUGGCUUCAUGAGAUCAAUAUGCAUCCUUCUCUGUUAGUCUUGAAAUUAUCUGGUACUGGACUUCCUGGUAUUCCUUCGACUCUGCAGCAUGUAAACUUCACUUCCCUCACCAUGCUCGAUCUCUCUUUCAAUGAUUUUCAAUCUGUCAUCGUCCCUCACUGGGUGCUCAAUAUUAGCAGCCUUGUUCAACUCGAUCUCAGUUCUUGCAACAUUCAUGGGAGGUUAUCAGUUGCAGCAGAUAUGUUGGGGAAUCUCAACCGUUUGAAGUAUUUGGAUUUCUCUGGGAACCAAAUUACUGGAGACAUUUCGCAAUCUUUGUGGAAUAAUAAGCACAUGGAGUUUUUGGAUUUAUCUGGAAACAAUAUUAUCGGGCAUACCCAACAAAUGUUGGGAAAUCUUAGCCAAUUAAGGCACUUCUCAUUAUCUGGCAAUCAAAUUAGUGGUGAAAUUCCAGAAAGCCUUGGAAAUCUUAGCCACCUCGAGUAUUUAUGCUUGUCUUACAAUCGAAUCAGUGGAGAAAUACAAAAAAGCAUGGGGAACCUCCUCAACUUGGAGGAAUUGGAUUUGUCCUCUAACCAAAUGACAGGAUCGAUACCGGAAGAAAUACUGGGGAAUCAUAGCCAACUGAGGAGGCUAUCUUUGGGCAGCAAUCAAAUUAGUGGUGAAAUUCCAAAAAAUCUGAGAGGUCCUAGCCACCUAAAAAGUUUAGAUCUGUCUUACAAUAGAAUCAGUGGAGAAAUACCAGAAACUAUUGGGAACCUCCUCAACUUGGAGACGUUGUAUUUAAGUGAUAAUACUAUUACCGGACAAAUUCCAAGAAACAUGUCAAAUCUCUGCAACCUACAGUGGUUGGACUUAUCAAAUAACAAUUUUGCAGGAGAGAUCACAAGUCUUAUAGAAGGAUUUUCUGAAUGCAUUAAUAAUAAUAAAUUGGAUGGGGGAAGCAUUUUGAAGAGUUUAAUAUUGAUGGUGAUGAAUAACAAUAAUUUCACUGGGACAAUUCCAGAAAGUUUGGGCCAAUUAUCUAUGCUUGCAGAUUUAGAUCUGUCCUCGAACUUCUUCGUAGGAUACUUGACCGAAGAGCACUUUUCCAACCUCACAAAGUUGGAUCAUUUGUAUCUAUCUUACAAUACCUUGAAAUUGAACCUAAGUGACGGUUGGAUUCCUUCUUUCAAUGCUACUGAUAUUGCUAUGUGCUCUUGCCAUGUAGGACCUAAAUUUCCUGCUUGGCUACGAACCCAGACACAUCUGCAAUCGUUGUGCCUCUCUGAAGCUGGAAUUUCAGACAAGAUUCCAUCAUGGUUGUGGUAUAGGGAUAUGGUUUAUCUCAAUGUAUCCCAUAAUUGUAUGGAAGGACCGAUACCAAGUUCAUUGGGGAGCCGUACUUAUGAAUUACUUGAUCUGAGCUCUAAUUGCUUUUUUGGUCCAGUACCUAAUCUGAAGGCUGACUACAUGAUUCUCUCCAACAACUCUUUUUCUGGACCCAUUCCCUCGAGCUUUUCUGAUGAAUACAUGGAGCCUAUACUACUCUCUUUAUCCCACAACCAUAUAAAUGGUAGCAUCCCACAUUUUCUUUGUAAUUUGACUUCAUUGGAGGUUUUGGAUCUCUCCAACAAUGAGCUAAUCGGAGGAUUUCCAAACUGCUGGAGCAACUCACAGCCAGGAAACCAUGAUGUUCUGAAAAACAGAAGAAUAAAAGAUACAAACAGUACGGUGGCAUAUCCUAUGAAUCUCCAAUCUUUGCACGUGAGGAACAAUAGCUUAUCUGGUAAAUUUCCUUCCUUCUUGAGACUUUGUAAACAAUUGGUUGUUCUUGAUCUCGGUGAAAAUAGAUUCUCAGGCAACAUACCCACAUGGAUUGGACAGAGCCUCUCAUCUCUAAGAGUUCUUCGUCUACGAUCAAAUUUUUUUGAUAGUAAUAUCCCGAUGCAGAUAUCUGGUCUAUCUUCCCUUCAGGUUUUAGACUUGGCAUGCAACAAUUUUUCUGGAAAUUUACCAUCAUCUUUCGGUAAUUUUACUGCCAUGGCUGAGUUACAGGAAGGAAGAAAACAAAUGCUUUCAGACAAUGAUACGGCAUCAUAUUACCAAGAGAGUGUCUUAAUAUCUGCAAAAAGAUUAGAACUUGACUAUACUACUGUGCUUUUAUUGGUUACAAGCAUUGAUCUAUCGCAGAAUAAUCUUUUUGGAGAGAUCCCUAAUGAAGUGACAAAUCUUCAUGGACUGUAUUUCUUGAACUUGUCUGGGAAUCAUUUCAUUGGAAAAAUCCCACAAAACAUUGGUGAUAUGAGGCAGUUGGAAUCACUUGAUUUAUCAAUGAACGAUCUCUCUGGCCAAAUUCCCCAAACCAUGCUUGCUUUGAAUUACUUAAGCCUUUUGAACUUGUCCCAUAAUAACUUGUCAGGAAGAAUUCCAUCAAAGAAUCAAUUUCAGACCUUCAAUGACCCCUCUAUCUAUAUUGGUAAUCAUGAUCUCUGCGGACAGCCACUACCAGAUUGCCCUGCUAAUGCACCUCCACAUCAAGAAGAUGAUCCACAUCAAGAAGAUGAAGAAGUAGAUCGAGAUAACCAUGACAUAAUAUGGAUUUGUGCUAGCUCGGCAUUGGGAUUUAUCUUGGGAUUUUGGAGUUUCGUUGGUACGCUGAUGAUCAAGAAGGACAUCAGGAUUUCUUAUCUUCGAUUCAUUGACAGAACAUAUGAUUGGGUUUAUAAAGAAUUAGCAAUAAAAUUUGCCAUGUUGAAGUUUGUCAUUGGGAAGAGCAACCACAAGCAUAAUUAAGUGGUUAUGGAUGGUGCUGUGAUUGUAACUCUCUUUCUCUCUAAUGGUAGGAUGCCCCAAUCCAAACAUGUAAUAAUAUGAACUUAAGAACUUUUUUAAUAAUUGUUCCUUUUAUUGUUUUGCUGCUUGUA